GCCGGAAGGAGGGCGCAGGAAGCGGGGCCCGCUGCCAGUGUCUGUCACUCUGAGUGUCUUCUUAGACUGUCGGUGCGCGGCUCCGUCGGGGUCCGGGGCAGGAUGGAGAAGCUGCGGCUCCUGGGCCUGCGCUACCAGGAGUAUGUGAUGCGGCAUCCGGCCGCCACGGCCCAGCUGGAGACGGCGGUGCGGGGCCUCAGUUACCUGCUGGCAGGUCGCUUCGCCGAUUCGCACGAGCUGUCAGAGCUGGUGUACUCGGCUUCCAACCUGCUGGUGUUGCUCAAUGAUGGCAUUCUCCGCAAAGAGCUGCGCAAGAGCUUACCCGUGCCGCUGACGCAGCAGAAACUGCUGACAUGGCUAAGCGUGCUGGAGUGUGUGGAAGUGUUCAUGGAGAUGGGGGCCGCCAAGGUGUGGGGAGAAGUGGGCCGCUGGCUGGUCAUCGCCCUCAUCCAGCUGGCCAAGGCGGUGCUGCGGAUGUUCCUUCUGAUCUCCUUUAAGGCUGGCCUCCAGACUUCACCCCCCAUAGUCCCACUGGACAGGGAGACCCGAGCACAGUCCCUGGACCGUGACCAUAGCCCCAGUAGCCUGGAGCAGUCGUAUGUAGGGAAACGGUCCAACCGGGUGGUGCGCACCCUGCAGAACACCCCAUCCCUGCACUCAAGGCAUUGGGGAGUACCCCAGCAACAGGAAGGACUGAAGCAGCAGCCUGCAGAGGAAUUGAACACCCCACCUACGCCACUGGGGCUGCAGGAGACAAUCGCAGAGUCCAUGCAUAUCGCACGACCCCUGCUGCACUUGAUUAGCCUAGGCCUCUGCGGUCAGCGGUCAUGGACGCCCUGGCUCCUGUCUGGGCUCGUGGAUGUGACUAGCCUGAGCCUCCUGAGCGACAGGAAGGACCUUACACGGCGGGAACGGCUGGAGUUGCGGCGACGAACCAUUCUGCUGCUGUACUACCUGCUACGUUCGCCCUUCUAUGACCGCUUCUCUGAGGCCAGAAUCCUCUUCUUGCUUCGGCUGCUGGCCAACCAUGUCCCGGGCAUUGGCCUGGUCACAAGGCCACUCGCGGAUUACUUGCCCACUUGGCAGAAAAUUUACUUCUACAGUUGGGGCUAACAGACAACUUGGGGAGGACACAACGCGGGUGGAUGGCAUGCUCUUCUGCUCUAGGCAGGGGGUGCCUGGACCCCUUGGUCCCCCCAGGCUCCUCUUCCCUAAUAAAGUCAACUCUGGUAGUAUUCGA